AUGAAUAGUUUGCCAAGAAGAAUCAUCAAGGAAACUCAAAAGCUCAUGACUGAGCCAAUUUCGGGAAUAACUGCCACACCUGCUGAGGAUAAUAUGCGUUAUUUUAAUGUCUCAAUCGAAGGACCACCACACACUCCAUACGAAGGUGGCUUGUUCAAAUUGGAGUUGUUCCUUCCUGAUGAUUAUCCAAUGUCUGCACCAAAGGUCAGAUUCUUAACGAAAAUUUAUCACCCAAAUAUUGACAAACUAGGAAGAAUAUGUUUGGACAUUCUUAAAGACAAGUGGUCUCCUGCAUUGCAAAUAAGAACUCUUUUGUUGAGUAUUCAAGCCUUGAUGUCAUCUCCAAACCCUGACGAUCCAUUGGCCAACGAUGUUGCAGAGGAUUGGAAGAGAGACCAAGAUCAAGCUUUGAAAACUGCUAAAGAAUGGACAAUGAAGUAUGCCAAGUAA